UCGAGCUCGUUCUCGACCGCCAUGUCCACGUCGCCUCCAUCGGAAAACUUAGCUCCUGCCUUCCACACUCAUGUAAAACAGGUUGUGGACAUCAAGUCAGACGACUCAUCUGACCUGAACGCGAACCAAAUUGCUAUCUCAUCCAUUAGCAAGGAUGAACCGCUUGUGACCAGAAGGGAGUUAUGGAGCUAUGACUUGUACUCUAACGGUGGUAAUGGUGUCGGUUUGGGCUAUACACAGACCUUGUUCCAAGGGCUUGCCACGGUGGCAGGCUAUGAUCCCGUCGCAGGCCCUGGCCCAUCAUGUCUUGCAGAUACUGCUUCUGGCCAAUGCGUAGUUCCCUGGGGUAGCGGCACAAAGUCAGUUUCAAGUGUGAUGCUGACUGCAGAUGGUGCUAGUUUCGCUAUCAUGACAGCUGUGUUAACUGCGCUGAAGACUGUAGUACAGCCGGUGGAGCAAGGUCGUGCGGUAUUCUGGACCCAGUUGGCACUUUCAGAGCUGCAAAAGACGCCAGACACCCAAGGUAUCAAGAUCGUUGAUGGCCAGAAGGAAUCUGUACUGGGUCACAAACAGCUUGCUGACCGCACGAAAGAGUUCAAGAAGAUCCCAGAUGACGAGAAGCUGAAUUCGUUCGAAGGCUUGCUCAAAGAAAUCGACAGCCUUACGAAGUGGUCAAAGGUUUCUGAGAAUGUGUUCCUCAACAUGUACGAGGUCCUGGCCGAAGUACCAGAUCCAUACCCUAUACUAUAUAUCUUGCCCGUCUACAGGCCUACAAACGUUUAA